AUGACGAUCCCAGAUGAGGUUGAUAUCAUCGUCUGUGGUGGCGGCUCAUGCGGCUGCGUCGUCGCUGGCCGUUUGGCCAACCUCGACCACAACCUCCAGGUCCUCUUGAUUGAGGCUGGUGAGAACAAUCUCAACAACCCAUGGGUCUUCCGCCCGGGCAUCUACCCCAGGAACAUGAAGUUGGACAGCAAGACUGCCUCCUUCUACUACUCCAGGCCCUCGGAAUGGCUCGAUGGACGCCGAGCUGUUGUGCCCUGUGCACACAUUCUCGGAGGUGGAUCGUCGAUUAACUUCAUGAUGUACACCCGUGCCUCGGCUUCCGACUACGACGACUUCCAGGCCAAGGGCUGGACCACCAAGGAACUCCUUCCUCUCAUGAAGAAGCACGAGACGUACCAGCGUUCCUGCAACAACCGCGACAUUCACGGAUUCGAGGGCCCUAUCAAGGUUUCUUUUGGCAACUACACCUACCCCAUCAAGGAGGACUUCCUCCGCGCCACCGAGUCCCAAGGCAUUCCCACCACUGAUGAUCUUCAAGACUUGGUCACCGGCCACGGUGCUGAGCACUGGCUCAAGUGGAUCAACCGUGAUACUGGACGCCGAUCCGACUCUGCUCACGGCUACAUCCACAGCACCCGCGCCGUCCACCAGAACCUGCACCUGUUGACCAGUAACAAGGUCGAAAAAGUUAUUCUUGAGGGCGACCGGGCUGUUGGCGUCAAGGUCGUCCCGACCAAGCCUGUCAACCCCGGACAGGUCCAGUCCAGGACCAUCCGUGCUCGCAAGCAAAUCAUUGUUUCGGGCGGUACGAUGAGCUCUCCUCUCAUCCUUCAGCGAUCUGGUAUUGGUGACCCAGAGAAGCUCCGCAAGGCCGGCGUCAAGCCCCUGGUUGACCUUCCUGGUGUCGGUCUCAACUUCCAGGACCACUACCUGACCUUUGCCACAUACCGUGCUAAGCCACACGUCGAGUCGUUCGACGACUUCGUUCGUGGUGACCCCAAGGUUCAGGAGCAAGUCUUCCAGCAAUGGAAUAUCAACGGCACUGGCCCACUUGCUACCAACGGUAUCGAAGCUGGUGUCAAGAUCCGCCCUACCGAGGACGAACUCCGGAUGAUGGACAGCUGGCCAUGCAAGGAGUUCCGCUCCGGCUGGGAUUCUUACUUCAAGAACAAGCCCGACAAGCCAGUCAUGCACUACUCGGUCAUUGCUGGUUGGUUCGGUGACCACAUGGUUAUGCCACCAGGCAAGUUCUUCACCAUGUUCCACUUCCUCGAGUACCCCUUCUCUCGUGGUUCCACGCACAUUGUGUCGCCAAACCCCUACGAGGCACCCGACUUUGACGCCGGUUUCAUGAACGACAAGCGCGACAUGGCACCCAUGGUCUGGGGAUACAUCAAGUCGCGUGAGACGGCACGCCGCAUGGACGCAUACGCUGGAGAAGUCCAGUCCAUGCACCCAUUCUACGCCUACGACAGCCCGGCCCGCGCUCGCGACAUGGACCUCGCUACCACCAAUGCCUACGCCCUCCCCGGCAACCUCUCCGCGAACAUCCAGCACGGAUCCUGGACUCUCCCGGUUGAGAAGGGCCGCGCUCCCCAGUCCACCUACCUGAACUCCAACUCUCAGGAAGUCUUUGAGGACCUGCACUACUCCAACGAAGACAUUAAGCACAUUGAAGACUGGGUCAAGCGCCACGUCGAAACCACCUGGCACUCACUCGGCACGUGCUCCAUGGCCCCCAAGAACGGCAACUCGAUUGUCAAGCACGGCGUGCUCGACGAGCGCCUCAACGUCCACGGCGUCAAGGGCCUCAAGGUUGCUGAUCUCUCCAUCUGCCCCGACAACGUUGGCUGCAACACGUACUCGACUGCCCUCCUCAUCGGCGAGAAGUGCGCCGUCCUUACGGGUGAAGACCUAGGCUACUCUGGCAGCGCCCUCGACAUGAAGGUGCCCAAUUACCACGCCCCCAGGGAGGUCGUUGGCUUGUCCCGCUUGUAA